GGUUGAGUAGACUCGUUUUGAAUUUUCUCCCCUCUGCUCCAGCACUUUGUGGACUUCCCUUAUCUCCCUCUAGAGCUCUCGGCGGCAGCGGGACUAGGGGAGUCGGAGGUUUGGCAGAGCUGUCUGGGCCGACAGACCGGACGCUAUUUCUCAACGCCCCUUUAUUCCUCCUGCCUCCUCCUCCCAUCACCUCCUGACCCGCCGGUCCCUAAGCAACCGCCGGCCGCCGGCCCCCCCCCCCCCCCCCCCCCUGCAGCUGGGCCCCGGUAGCGCCGUCUGCACCCCCUCUCGGGUCCUUUCUGGGGCCUUAACAUGGCGAGGCCUACUACUCCCUGCCCCCGACGGGGGUCGCGUGUCCCGGAGAGGCAGUCAGCAAAAUGUGGAGGUUAGGUGUCUUGAGGAGGGUCGCUGAGCCCCGCCACGGAGAAGGAGCCGGACCCCUUGGGCAGGGGAACCCGGAGUGCGGUCUUCUGCGCUGCCCCGCGUCCCUUUUUUACGUCCCCCCGCUCUUUGUGAGCCCCUUCGUGUAUUUAGAACCGGAAAGGCGUACUCGCACACCACCUCCUCCGCUUUUCGACUUUUUGGGGUCCUGAAGUUACCCAAAGGUGUAUGUCUUACCUCGACGACCGAGAAUUAUUGUAGUUACGUUUGUUUUUCUGAGGGAGGAUGGAUGGAGAGAUGCUAUCCAGAUUUCAGAGUCGUUUUUUAAGGCGUUCACCAAAAAAGCUCCAAGAGGGGGACGGCAAGAGACAGCAGUUUAGAAUCAGGCAGAACUGGAUUGCAAAAUUUGUGGGCCGAGCGGUAUGAGUACAGAGAGAAAGGAAGGGAGAGAGGAAAAAAAAUCGAUGUGAGAGAGAAACGUGGAUGCGUUGACUCCAAUACCCGCCCCUACCCGGGAUCAACCAGAAACUUAGAGAUGAUAACAUCUACCUCAGAGUCAUCGUGAGGAUUACCUGAAAUAAUUUGUGAAGUUUUCAAAGAGCAAAGAGAUAAAAAGAGAAAAAUAUGCUGCUAUGAAGACAUAAUUAUAGCUUUCACACAACGAAGCUACUACUAUCAUGAUUUUAGUGCUGCGGAAAGGAAGAACUUCAGUGGACAAAGGGGCAUUUUGGGGGGCAGUAGAAUGCUUAAGGUCUGGAAUAUAAACUUGAGCUACUGCCUGAAGCUAUUAAGUAAUAGAAGAAAAUGGAAUUGAAUAUGAUAUCAGCAUGGAACAGCCUAAUGAUUCAUUAACAGUCAAUCAUAAUGAUUCCGAAGAUGCAAAAACAGAUUCUCAGCAGCCAACCUGUAUGGACUCCAGGGAUCCUUCCAUUGGACAAAAUAAUUCUAGUAGAGUUUUACCCAUCACUACUAAUGAAGCAGAUAAUUCACUCACAUCACAAAAUAUACCAGGGCCCCUGACUCAAGCACAGACUCUUUCUACAGAGAAAUUUCACCUAGUGGACCAAAAUGGGCAACCUAUUCAAUAUGAACUUCAGUCAUUGGGGGAUUCUAAUGCACAAAUGAUGAUUGUUGCCAGCUCAUUAGAAAAUGGACAGGUGCUUCGUGUAAUUCCAUCUACCCAGACAGGAAUGGCACAAGUGAUUAUACCUCAAGGGCAGCUUGUGGAUAUGAAUAGUCCUCGGGAUGCCUCUGAAGAGAAACCCAGCAACACAAACUUACCAACUGUGAGAGUGGAUGCUUUAGCAGACAAUAACAAUGCUUAUAUUCUUCAUCCACAAGCAUCCCUCACAUUGCCCACAACAACAGUGACCAGAAUGCUUGAAGAACCCUUUCUGGCCCCUCUCCAGCCACUUUCUUCUAACACACCUAUGUGGGCCUGCCGUCUUAGGAGCUGUGAGAAAAUUGGAGAUUCAUACCGGGGCUACUGUGUAAGUGAGACUGAACUAGAAAGUGUUUUAACAUUUCACAAACAGCAAACACAGAGCGUCUGGGGGACCCGCCAAUCUCCAAGCCCAGCCAAGCCAGCUACACGUUUGAUGUGGAAAUCCCAGUAUGUCCCAUAUGAUGGAAUUCCAUUUGUCAAUGCAGGGAGUAGAGCCGUGGUAAUGGAAUGUCAGUAUGGGCCAAGGAGAAAAGGUUUCCAGUUAAAAAAAAUCAAUGAGCAAGAAAGCAGGUCUUGUCAACUCUACAAAGCCACUUGUCCAGCCCGAAUUUACAUUAAAAAGGUACAAAAGUUUCCUGAAUAUAGAGUUCCCACAGACCCCAAAAUUGAUAAGAAGAUAAUCCGAAUGGAGCAAGAGAAAGCCUUUAACAUGCUAAAGAAGAACUUGGUAGAUGCUGGUGGUGUUCUUAGGUGGUAUGUACAGUUACCUACACAGCAAGCUCAUCAGUAUCAUGAAUUAGAGCCUCCUUCCCUUCCUUUGUCACCCUCCCCUUUUCCUGUGCCCUCUCUUGAAGAAGAGGAAACUACAGUUAGAGAUGAGAAUUGUACAUUACCCUCACGUCUACAUCCUCAAGUAGCACAUAAGAUUCAAGAAUUAGUAUCACAGGGAAUAGAACAAGUGUAUGCAGUAAGGAAACAGCUAAGAAAAUUUGUGGAAAGGGAGCUGUUUAAACCUGAUGAGGUACCUGAAAGACAUAAUCUAUCCUUUUUUCCAACUGUAAAUGAUAUAAAAAAUCACAUCCAUGAAGUACAAAAAUCCUUGAGAAAUGGAGAUAAUGUUUACAACUCAGAGAUUAUUCCAGCAACGCUCCAGUGGACUUCAGACAGUGGGAAUAUUCUCAGAGAGACUGUGACAGUUACAUUUGCAGAAGGAAAUUCACCAGGAGAAUCAACUACCACUAAAGAGGAAGCAAAUCGGAAAAGGAGUUCUUUGUCUCCAGAACCAGCCCACUUGCUCUCCUCACUUUCUUCAUUUCAGCCAAAAAUAUUCACACAACUACAGGGUUUACAGUUGCAACCAAGAUUCGCUUCUCCCGAUGGAUCACCGGCUCUGAUACCAGUAAAUAACCACCCCUCCUCCAGUCCUUCAAGACUUCUGGAUUCAAUAGGAAGUGCUAUAAUGAAUAAUAAUCCUCUACAGCUUGGUCAGAGUCAGAACCUUCAAACAGAUACAUGCCUAACCCAAAACAAUAUUGCCUCUACUGGGGGUAACCUUUCAGGACCAGAUCAAAAUAUGGUUGCAAUGGAUCAGCUGGUGGACGUUGGAGAUGUUGAGGAUGCAGAGAAUCUGGAAGGAAGCGUUCAUCGAAUUCUGUUGGGAAAUGGGCAGACCAUUCCAAUACAGAUUAUAGACAGCCACCCAGCUCUUAUUGAAGAAAAUCCAGAAGGUACCAUUUCUGUGAACCAAGUUAAGCAAGAACCCAAAGAACCAGCAUUGUCUAUGGAAGCAAAAAAACAUUUGGACUGUAAGAAAUUAUCUGCUACCUAAAUUAUUGAAGCUUUUCAUAAUUGUACAACUCUGGUGACUUCUGAUGUCAUAGAAAAGAAGACAGGUGAGAGAAGAUUUAUAAUUUGUCUCAUUUGGAAAGAUAAAACAAUAGAUUUUACUUCAUAACACAAAGCUCAGCAUUGACAUCUGUGGAAACUGUGUAGUUGCAUUUUAGUUUCUUCCAUUCUGAUUUUUAUACUUGAGACUACAAACCAUUAGUGUACUAAUGGUCAUCUAGUAGAAAUGUAAAGGAUCUUGGUAAGUACUGAGAAUUUUAACUCGAAUUAAUCAAAUAAGCAACAGAAAUAAAUGUAUAUCGCAUGGAUUAUGCAGUAUUAUAGUACAAUUCUACUUACGGGUAGAAAAUUAUAGAAAUUGAGAGAAUUCUGAAAGAAUAACAUUUCAGGGUGUUUACAGAUAAUUUGGGAAAUUUUUUGAUAUCAGCAGAGGACUUUUUUCCUAUUUUAUAUUGAAGAUUCAGCCCUGGUUAGAAAAGAAUUUGAGUUGUAUUUAUUUUUUUAUGCCAGAGUUCUUACUGAAAUGAUGGUGUUAGAAUUUAUAGUACUUCAAGGUAAGUACUUACAGUUUAAAAUUUAGUUUAUAUUAAAACUUUAAAACAAUUGAUGUGUUAUAUAUAUUUGCUUGUUGAGUAAGUAUAUUUACUUCAAAUACUGAAUAUAAGCUUCUGUUUUCUAGAAGGUUGGUAAAACUAGAAGCAUCAAUUAUAACUAUCAAGAAAUCAACCUAAAGACCUCCUCCCCACACCUAUCCCCCGGAGAUCAUCUAUGGAUAUAUUCAAAAAGUAAUAAGGAUUUCAAAUGGAUUUUAAUGUUUAAUAUUCAAAGCAUGUGGAAUAUAAUAUGAAAUUUAACAAUAAUACUUUGCACAAAUAUGAGUUUUUUGGUUUUUCUGAGUCUAAUCUCCCAUUCUAAAUUCACUUUAAUAGUUUCCAGUAUACAAUAUGUAUCAUUAUAAAACACUGUUAUAUUAGAAGUGGGUGGAAUUUAAAAAUUCUUUGCCCUUUAGAUUUAUAUCCUAUUUAAUAUAAAAUUUAUUAUUUAAACAUUUAAUGCAAAGUUAAUAUUCAGUUACAUAUAUGAUUUUUAAUAAGACUUGAUUAUCAUUUUCCUAAGAAAUGAAAAUAUUUGCUGCUGGCACUUAUAGAGUUAGCUGCCAAAUCUGUUAUGUUAUGCUGAGUUAAACACAACUAUUAAUUACCUCAAACGCAGAUUCCUCUUAGUCUGUGUAUACUUAAAGGGAAUAAGUCCAAAUUAAUUUAUAGUUUAGUGUUACAUUGUAGGUCAUGUUUUUUCAUUUGUUAUUUCUAGUUUUUGUGGAAACUUUUUAAAGAUUUUAUAUAAUAGAUCUUCACCUUUCAUUAAUGAAAAUAAUUGAUUAUUAAAUAUUUUACCAAUUGAACUAUAUUUAUUUGGAAACAUUCCUUUAUUUUUUGAUGUUGAGUUGCUAAGGAGAAAUGCUUGUUAAGAUACAAACUUCAGUCAGUUUCAGAUGAGGAUCAGUUUCAGAGAUGCCCAUGGAUUCAGACUUUGGCACUUGAUCAAGGACGAAACAUAGUUUAAAAAUAUUUCUCUCACAUCAUUCUCCAUGAAUGUCUCUUCUGAUACUGGUCUUUUUUAUUAACAUGAGCACAAAAAGGUACCAUGCAUCCUCCCCACAGAUAAAAA